AUGAUGUCCUACCUGAAGCAGAGCCCCUAUGGGAUGGGAGGACUGGGUCUGGGCAGUGUGGACCUGCUGCACCCCACAGUGGGAUAUCCAACAAACCCUCGUAAGCAGCGUCGCGAGCGCACCACCUUCACCCGCACUCAGCUGGACAUCCUGGAGUCGCUGUUCGCCAAGACCCGAUACCCCGACAUCUUCAUGAGAGAAGAGGUGGCCCUGAAGAUCAACCUGCCCGAGUCCAGAGUCCAGGUUUGGUUCAAAAACAGACGCGCAAAGUGCCGCCAGCAGCAGCAGAGCACGAGCAACGCCAACUCCACCAGCGCGGCAAACGCCAACACCACCUCCAAGGUCAAACCGCUGAAGAAGAAACCCUCUCCCAUCCGCGACAGCAGCGGCUCAGAGAGCGGCGGCCAUUUUACCCCGCCCUCCUCCAACACCUCCUCCUCCACCCCACCUCUGCCUUGUCCUCCGGGUCUGAUGAACUCUGCUACCUCCGUCACCGCUCCCGUCUCUUCCAUUUGGAGUCCCGCGCCCAUUUCUCCAGCGCUAGCCCCGGUAGCAGCCCCAGACCCGGUCGCUAACAGCAGCGCGUCUUGCAUGCAGCGAUCUGGGGCUAGCACCACGGCCGCGUCCUAUCCGGUUGCUUACGGUCAAACGGUAGCAGCCUACAGCCACCAGGGGUACCCCACGGCUAGCUCAGGGUCCUAUUUCGGAGAUUGCGGCUCGUAUCUGCCCAUGCAUUCUCACCACCACAUGGCUAACGGCGGGAUGGCGGGGCAUCAUCACCACGUGGGACAAACGGGGCAUCCGCACGCCCACCAUCACCCGCACGCAGCCGCGGCGCAUCACCAGCCGUACUACAGCUCCACGGACUGUUUGGACUACAAGGAGCAAGCAUGGAAGCUCAAUUUCAACGCCCCCGAAUGUUUGGACUACAAAGACCAGGCUCCUUGGCGGUUUCAAGUGCUGUGA